AUGCCUACCAUCAGUCAAGCAUCUACAUGCGUCCUUUUGACGUUGGGGACGGCAUGGGCCAAGUCCUCCUCACCCCCGUACAAGAACCCUCACCUUCCAGUCGAACAGCGCGUGGCGGAUUUGCUAGGAAGAAUGACAAUUGAAGACAAGAUGGCACAAUUGAUGCAAGGCGACAUCACAAAUUGGAUAAAUCAGACCACCGGCGCGUUCAAUUCGAGCGGUCUUGUAGCUAACAUGGAGGAGAAAGCGGGGUCAUUUUAUGUUGGAUAUCCUAUUUCAUGGGAAAUGCUCACUUCGAACAUCCAGAAAGGCCAAGAUUACCUGAUCCACAACACAACCCUUGGUAUCCCAGCAUUGAUUCAAACUGAAGGGAUUCAUGGGUUUUUGAUAGGAAAUGCUACCAUUUUCAAUUCGCCCAUUGGCUAUGGAUCAUCUUGGAAUAGAGAUUUGGUGCAAAAGAUGGGACAGAUUAUCGGACAAGAAGCUCGUGCUUUAGGGGUAACGCAGCUUUUUGCGCCUCUCGCUGAUUUGGCUAGAGAACUACGCUAUGGUCGGGUUGAAGAAUCGAACUCCGAGGAUCCUUAUCUUGCGGGAGAGAUUGCAUACAGUUACGUCAAGGGACUACAAAGUCAAAAUGUCUCUGCUACAGUCAAGCAUUACUUGGCUUAUAGUAAUCCAGAACAAGGAUUGAACACGGGUCCAGUGCAUGGUGGGCAGAGAGAAUUGAGAACGACGUGGGCACCAUCUUAUAAAAGAGCAAUCAUUGAUGCAGGCGCAUGGAGUAUCAUGAGUGCCUACCAUAGCUACGACGGAAUUCCUGCAGUGGCUGAUUACCAGACGCUUACGACUCUACUUCGAGGCGAAUGGGGAUAUGAUUAUUGGGUCAUGAGUGAUGCCGGCGCAACGGACAGGUUAUGCACAUCCUUUAGACUAUGUCAAGCCUCACCAAUUGACUCAGAAGCCAUUACUCUGGCCGUGCUUCCUGCUGGAAAUGAUGUGGAAAUGGGUGGAGGUUCCUUCAACUUCAAAACCAUCCCUCAACUAGUCGCAUCUGGUAAAUUAAAAUCUUCCGUUGUGGACACAGCAGUCUCUCGACUUCUCCGCGCCAAAUUCGAAAUGGGACUUUUCGAGACUCCAUACCCAGGUGCUCCAUCCGAUAAAUGGAAUGAUCUUAUCCACACCCCGGAAAACCUGCAAGUUGCUCGAGACCUAGACCGUGAAUCGAUUGUGUUGCUUGAAAAUCACGAUAAAACGCUUCCUCUAAAGAAGAGUGGUAGUAUCGCGGUGAUUGGUCCCAUGGCCCACGGCUUUAUGAACUAUGGAGAUUAUGUCGUUUAUCGAAGUCAAUAUAGGGGUGUUACGCCUCUUGAUGGAAUCAAGGCUGCAGUUGGUGACAAAGCUACCAUCAACUACGCACAAGGCUGCGAACGUUGGAGUAACGAUCAAUCUGGAUUAGAUGAAGCGAUUGAAGUAGCCAAGAAGUCGGAUGUCGCUAUCAUCGUGGUAGGAACAUGGUCUCGAGAUCAACAGGAGUUGUGGCAAGGACUUAACGCGACAACCGGCGAACACGUCGACCUCAACGACCUCAGCCUCGUCGGUGCCCAAGCCCCCCUCGUCAAAGCAAUUGCAGACACCGGCGUCCCAACAGUCGUCGUCUUCUCCUCUGGAAAACCCAUCACCGAAACCUGGAUCUCAAACUCCACAGCAGCUUUGGUCCAACAAUUCUACCCCUCUGAACAAGGCGGUAAUGCGCUUGCUGACGUUCUAUUCGGCGACUACAACCCUUCUGGAAAGCUCUCGGUCAGUUUCCCACGAUCUGCGGGUGUGUUGCCCAUAUACUACGAUUAUUUGAACUCGGGUCGAUCCAUCGGUGACUCUGGGUUUGUUACCGAGAAUGAUACCAUUCUCUUUGGACAUCAGUAUGUCAUUGGAUCUCCUCUGCCAUGGUAUGAGUUCGGGUAUGGGAAGAGCUAUUCGACUUUCAACUAUGGGACCAUGAAACUCGACAAGACUAAUGUUUCUGCUACGGACACUGUCACGGUGAGCAUAGACGUUACGAAUGAGGAUACCUCCCGAAAUGCCACCGAGGUUAUUCAGGUGUAUGUGGUGGAUGAAUAUGCGUCUGUUGUUGUUCCCAAUAGACAACUCAAGGGCUUUGAUAAAGUCGUCUUUGGAGCUGGUGAAAAGAAGACUGUGGACAUUUCAUUAAAUGUGAGUGAUUUGGGACUUUGGAAUGUCAAUAUGCAAUAUGUGGUGGAGCCUGGUGCAUUUAAUGUUCUGGUUGGAAGCAGCUCCCUGGAUAUCAGGGCCAAUGCGACCUUCUAUGUAUCGUGA